AAGGCAGUCUAUCACAAGUGCCAAUCUGGGGGCUGUAACCAGUGAGGAUGGAAACGAGAUAAGCUACUCUCUCGUCCGCCCACCUCGUUUGGGAAGACUCAUCCUGGCCAAUGACAUGAACCAGUAUGAGGAAAUUACCAGCUUCUCACAAACACAGCUGGAGUCAGGACGGGUCUACUAUGAGCACCAGAUACCUGAGGAGCCUUUCUGGGUGGUGAGGGACUCCAUAGAGCUCACUCUGGCAUCCCAACCAGCCCCUGAUGUCCGUCACAUCCUGCCCAUCACCGUCUCUUACUACGCUGCACACAGCAACAUCUCCUCCCAGCUGUGGAAGAACAAAGGUUUGGAUGUUGUUCAAGGCCAGAGGAAAGUCAUUGAUGAUUCCAUUCUUGACGCCUCCAACCUGCUAGCUAGCCUACCUGAAGCUCAGCGAGACGAUGCAUAUGUGGUUUUUGAGAUGAAGCGUUUCCCUGACCACGGUCGUAUCACCCUGGGUGGUCAGGACCUGCCCCGUAACGCCCCAACCUUCACGCAGGAAGAUGUAACUCAAGGAAAGCUGGAGUUUCUCCAUGAUGACUCAGGGGCUUCCUUGGACAGCUUCGCUUUCAGAGCCCGACUCAAGUCCGAGGGUCAGGGUUUGCCCUCACCUGCAGAAUCCGUGGUCCUGGAGGAAGUAUUUAACAUCUCAAUCAAACGGCGGGGCUCUGACGCCCCCAAGCUUGUCACCACAGAUAUGCUCUUGGAGGUUCUUCAAGGCUCCAUGACCAUUUUGACCCAGAAGCAUCUUAACACUCAAGACGAGGACAGUCCACCAGACGAGGUGCACUUCAAAGUGACCAAAGCCCCCAGCAAUGGUCGCCUGGUUGAUUCAUUCACCACGGACCCCAUCUCUGAGUUCACCCAAGAGAUGGUCAAUCGUGGGCAGGUGGGCUUCGUCAGCUACGGCAGCCUCACCGAUGACUUUAUGGAGUUCAUUGUGUCAGAUGGAGAACACCAAACAGAGCCACACACUCUCCACAUCGGCAUCCUAGCUCGCACCCUGAUUCUUGACAAAGCCCCUGAGAUCAAGGUGAAGCAAGGCGAUGAUGAGACCCUGGUGACUGAGGAGAUGCUGAAGGCCACAACUGGCGGCCCUGUUGAGGAGGACAUCCUUUACAAGAUCACAAGUGUUCCCAAGUAUGCAGCUGUCAUGGUAGACCGGCAGCCUACAUCGGCAUUCACCCAGAAGCAGAUCAAAGAAGGUCGAGUCAGUGUCCGCUUUGUUAAAUCCACUUCCCCUCGAGACAGCGUUGCAUUUGUGGCCCGUAGCAGGGCUGCUAAUGUCUCCUCUGUCCUCAACAUCACAGUCCAGCCUCUGGCCAACAUCGCUCAGGAUCCUCUCUUACCCCAAGGUGCUCUCGUUCAACUGGACAGGAAUCUUCUGGAUGCAACUCCCCUGGCAAACAAGACCAGAACCUCCCCCACAUUCACCGUCAUCCAUCAGCCACAGGGGGCUCGUUUUGUGAGGGCUGGAGGUCCUGGUGCAGGUCAGCCAGUGGACACAUUCAGCCAGAAGGAGCUGGAUGAGGGACGGGUAGCUAUGGAAAUCCUAAAUGGCAACUCUGGAUCCAAAGGUAGUGUCAGUCAGGAUGAGGCGCGCUUCCUGCUCAAAGCCCACGGGGUUCCUCCUGCAGAGUGUGUGCUUUCCUUCCAGACGGGCCCCUACAAUGCCUCUGGGGUCUACCCUGCUACACUGUUGAGGGUUCCCUCAGAUGCCCCAUCGAAGGACAGUAAUGACCUCCCUGGUGUAGCUGCGGCCCCUCGUCCCACUCCAGCUAGCCCUCGCUGGAGGGGCAACAUGGACUGGCCCCACGGAGAUGCCCCCACCACAGCAUCCUCUGGCUCUAGCGCCCAUGGGAAACCACAUGUCACCCGGCGCAGCAACUUCUGGUCUAUUCUCAUCCCGAUCCUGGUGAUCCUUCUCCUCUUGCUGCUGGCGGCCAUCUUGGCCUACUACCUGAUCCGUAAAAACAAGACGGGCAAGCACGACGUCCAGACGGCAGCAUCCAAGCCCAAAAACGGAGAGGUGGCCAGCGCAGAAACCUUUCGCAAAACUGACCCAGCCAAUAACAUCCCCAUGUCCAACAUGGACUCCAAAGACGCAGAUCCAGAGUUGUUGCAGAGUUGUCGGACAACGAACCCGGCCUUGAAAAAGAACCAGUACUGGGUCUGAGACACUUUGAGAUAAGACACAGAGGGAGGUGGAUCCUCAAGUGUUUGGAAGUCUCCUCAAAUCAUUCCUCUCAGUAUUAAAGACCUCUUGCCGCACCAGUUUAAAAGAAAAUUAUUUUCUAACACCAUUGGUUAUUUACUUAUCUCAACGUAACUGUGGAUAAAUUCUCAGGCAACGAAACACUGAAUACUUAUUGGCAAAGAAAGAGGCAGUUUGUUAUCUAAGGAGGCUCAGGUCAUGUAUAUUUAUUUUAGUUUUAUCAUUCCUCUAUGUCGAAGGGCACAAAUGAAGACAUAAACAUGCCAUGUGUUUGCAAAAAGUUAUCUUGGGUGUGCUCUGUCAUUGUAUUCCAUAUGAUAUCAUAGGCCAAUAUUAUUCGUUGGGGUGGGUAGGUGAUUUAAAGUCUUUGUGAUGGUUUGAUUUUAGUUUUUGGUUCAUCAGGAAAGUUGAUAAGGAUUGUACAUAGAUGAUGAGGUAAAUAUAUGCUGUAUUAUCGAGAAGAUGGAAAAGUGCCGCUUUGUGUUUUCUCUUUUAUUUUUUAAUGUUUUUAAGGUACCGUUGUGUUUCUCAGGGCUAAAUUCAGUUUAAAGGAGUAGUAAAAGAUUUUGGAAAAUAUACUUAUUCACUUGUUUUCCUCAGAGUUAAAUGAGAAGAUUGAUGCCACUGUAAUCUGUUAUACAGCAAACUACAGCAAGGAGAUGCGUCAUGUGACUUAGCUAAACCCAAUGAAAAGGGGGAAACAACUCGGGAGGUCACCCGUGAAGCCCACUUAUCAACAUUAUAUCAAAAACGACAAAGUAAAAACAAGAAGUUGUGGUGUCAUUGCGGGGGAUUAUUUCUUGGCUGGACACAGCGAGUUCUUGAACCUGGUUUGCUCAAACAAGCUAGCUGUUUCUGGUGCAGUGCUGUUGAUUAGACAACCCAAAUUAUGAAGCCCCAUUAGUCCCCAAAUUAUCGCAAUGGACAGACAGGUGUCCCAAAAACAAAGACCUAUUGCUUUCAAGUCUCGUGUCUCCAAAAAUGUACGCUCCCUGCAGGUAGUUUCAGUUUCCCAGCUGCAUUUGAGCCACUUACGAUGGGUGUUUUUACCAGCCCUUCAAAGUGUUUCUCAGUAGCGUCUGAGCCAUCAAUCCCAGGUAUUUUUAACAACCCUUCGCAACAUUUCCCAGUGGUUUUUGAGCCACAGAUCCUGGGUGUUUUUGACAACCCUUUGUGGUGUUUCCUAGCUGCUCUUAAGCCAUCGGUCCGAGGUGUUUUACCAAUCCUUCAUGGCAUUUCUGAGCAACAGAUCCCAGGUGUUUUUACUGACCCUUUGCAGCGUUUUCUCAUCUGCAUUUGAGCAACUUGCCUCAGAUGUUUUUACUUAUCCUUCACAGCUUUUUCAGCGACAUUUGAGCCACCAAUCCCUGGUGUUUUUACCAACACUUCACGGCGUUUCCCAGUGGUGUUUGAGCCACCGAUCCCAGGUGUUUUUUCCUAUCCUUUACGGCUCACCCAGCAGCAUUCGAGCCACUGAUCCUCUGUGUUUCUUUUAUGACCCUUUGUGAAGUGACCCAAUGACAUUUGAGCCACCAAUCCCUGGUGUUUUUUGCCAACCCUGCGUAGUGUUUCCUACCUGUGUAUGAGCCACUGAUCCCGGGUAUUUUUACUGACCGUUCGCAGCAUUUUCUCAGUGGCGUUUGAGCAACUUAUCCCAGGUGUUUUUACUGACACUUUGCUUUUGUGCCACCAAACAUGGAUGUUGUAAGCCAAAAUCUGGUCUUUUCUUAACCAUUACCAAGUGUAUUUUUGUGCCUAAACCUCACCACACCUUUAUCACAGCUUCGUUGACAAAUCUAAAAUGGUUUACAGAAACGCACAAUGCAAACAUUUCCUCUGGCAAUCGGGUUGUCUACUGCAGGAAGUGUGUGUUUUUAGAGAAACCAGACUUUGAAGCAGUGGGUGUUUGUUUUUGGGUUAAUGGGCCAUGUGAGAAAUGGGCUUAGUGGGACAUUUUUUGGACUACUGGGGCUUAGGAAAUUUGUGCUGUUGAAACAAUGGGCCGUUUCCCCUGUCUCCAGUCUUUAUGCUAAGUUAAGCCAACAGCCCUCUAGCUGUGGCUUCAUAUUUAGAGAGUAUGCGAGUGGUAUCUAUCUUGUCAUCUAAUUCUCUGUAAGAGAGUGAAUAACCUUUGUCUCAAAAUAUCUAACUAUUACUUUAAUGUCAUCACAUGAUAGCAUUUCAGUAGUUUUACUUUUGUGUGGAAAAAGGAGACAGUUUGCGACUGUUUAGAAUUAAAAAGUUUGUGCAACAACUUUCGCAGGUUUGAUUGAAUUUAGCUCGGAGUUAUGUCAUCAUCUUUCACAUGAUAUUAUUUCUGCAUGCUUCCAAAGUGCUUGUAAAUAUUCACUGGACUGGCACAGCACUGACCGCAGAACUACACAGUACACAGUUAGCAGACCACAGGCAGGAGGUUAUUUCAGUAGUACUGGUCUUUAACACAUCCGUACUGGCUGACAUGCAGGGGUGAGGUCAUCUCAAACUGGGAUGUUUCCAGUUUCCAAGUCUGCAAUUAAGAAUUCAUAAAAUACCGGUUGGUGCUGGGGACUUGGAUAAUGAAACAAAUGCUCCACUGGUUAGGGUACAUUGAUGAAGAAAAUGAAGACAGUUUGUUUUUACGUCUUCACAGCUAGUUUUUGAUUUUAAGCAUUCCAUAUCUAAGCUAAAUAUACAGACUGUCAUAUAAUGAAUUUUUUUUUUUUACUCUUCAGUCUUGUUUUGUAUGUUGAAACUAGGAAGAGCGUUACUGUAAAUCAGACUCCUUUUGUUCCUCUUUAGACGUCUUUAUUGUCACUCUGACCUGUGAUGGUUAUCUGUGUAUUGAAUGUUGAAUGAAGUACUUAACGUGAAGCACAGCAAGGAAAUCAGAUAACUGUUUUUGAUCCACUAAAGAAAAGAAAGACUUAACUAUUUCUUCUGAGAACUAUUUGCUGUACAUUUCUUUUCUCACGCUGUAUGACGCCUUAUCCUUUGUUAGUCAUAUUCUGAAUAUACGAUAAUUUCUUUGCAGUAUUCAGCGUUUAUUGAGCUUAUAUUUUUGUAGUGUUUCGAGAGCAGGAAAUAGAGAUUUUACAGACAGCACAGAGCUCAGGAAGUGAUGUGUUUCAGGAGACUGUGUAUUUCCAGUGACGUCUCUUACAGAUAGCUGAAAUAAAAGUACUGGUUUUUCCUUCAGGAUAUCACAUCCACAUCUUCCCAGUGUUAUGUGUAAAUAUUUGGUUUCUGAGUAUGAUUUUUGGGCUUGAUUAGCAACUCGAAGUAUAUAUAUAUCAUGUUUUGCAUCGAUAUGUACAUGUAACUACAUUUAAUUAGGCUCAUCUUCAAGGUAUGCCUGAAUGUGUCUCUGUGUGUAUCUCGUUGUUUGUGUGUAUCUGUGUGUGUGUGUGUGUGUGUGUGUGUGUGUGUGUGUGUGUUUGUGCAGGUGCCCAUCACUCUUCUGUUUUCUGCUUCCCGAGGUCAUUGCAGAGUUUCAUCAUCACCAUUCCUCAUUUUUCAUUAUUUAUUAUUUCUGUCACCCCCCAUACAUCAAGUCAUACUCUCAUCAUGUGCUUUGUCAGAGACUAAACUGUAAUCUGUAAAUUGCAGGUGCCUUCAUGAUAAUAUGAAGCAGUGUUUAGAUUUUGGAACAAGAAGAAUUGUCUAUUGCUGCAGAAUGCCUCUGAGCUUGUUCUCGGCACUAAUGGAAAUAAAAACGUUCA